AUGGUUGCUGCUAAGAGAGAUUACACUACUGCUUUAGGUUACUUGAACGAAUUGAAAAACAGGGAUGGUUUAUCUGUCGAAGAUCUUAUGGACUCUAAGAUUAGAGGUGGUCUAACUUAUAACGAUUUCUUGAUUCUACCAGGUUACGUUGGUUUCCCAUCCUCUGUUGUCGAAUUGAAGACUAAACUAACCAAGAAGAUCUCCCUACAUACUCCUUUCGUUUCUUCUCCUAUGGAUACUGUCACUGAAUCCGAAAUGGCUAUCUACAUGGCUUUAUUAGGUGGUAUCGGUACUAUCCAUCACAAUUGUUCUCCAGAAGAACAAGCUGCUAUGGUUAAGAAAGUUAAGACUUAUGAAAAUGGGUUCAUUAACUCUCCAGUCGUUGUUACUCCAACUACUACUAUUGGUGAAGUUAAACAAAUGAAGGAACAAUUAGGUUUCUCUGGUUUCCCAGUUACUGAAGGUGGCAAAUUCCCAGGUAAAUUACUAGGUCUAGUCACUUCCCGUGAUGUUCAAUUUGUCGAAGAUGAAUCUCUACCUGUCUCUGAAGUCAUGACUAAAGAUCCACUAUCUGCUAAACAAGGUCUAACUUUGCUAGAAGGUAAUGAAAUCUUAAAGAAGACUAAGAAAGGUAAGCUUUUGAUCGUCGAUGAAGAAAAGAACUUGGUCUCCAUGAUCUCUAGAACUGAUUUAAUGAAGAACCAAAACUUCCCAUUGGCCUCUAAAUCUGCUACCACCAAACAAUUGUUGUGUGGUGCUGCCAUUGGUACUCUACCAAAUGACAGAAAGAGAUUGACCCUUUUGGUCGAAGCUGGUUUAGAUGUUGUUACCAUUGACUCCUCUCAAGGUAACUCCAUGUACCAGAUUGAUAUGUUGAAAUGGGUUAAGAAGACUUACCCAGAUUUAGAAGUCAUUGCCGGUAAUGUUGUCACUAGAGAACAAGCCGCUAAUUUGAUUGCCAGUGGUUGUGAUGGUCUAAGAAUCGGUAUGGGUUCUGGUUCCAUUUGUAUCACCCAAGAAGUCAUGGCUUCUGGUAGACCACAAGCUACUGCUGUCUACAAUGUCUGCAAGUUCGCCAACGAAUUUGGUGUUCCUUGUAUGGCUGAUGGUGGUGUCCAAAACAUUGGUCACAUCAUUAAGGCUUUAGCUCUAGGUGCCUCCACUGUCAUGAUGGGUGGUAUGCUUGCUGGUACUAAUGAGUCUCCAGGUGAAUAUUUCUACAGAGAUGGUAAGAGAUUAAAGGUUUACCGUGGUAUGGGUUCCAUUGACGCCAUGCAACAAACUGGUAAGAAUGGUAAUGCUUCCACUUCUCGUUACUUUUCUGAAUCCGAUAAGGUUCUAGUCGCUCAAGGUGUCUCUGGUGCUGUUGUUGACAAGGGUUCUAUCCAAAAGUUCAUUCCAUACUUGUACAAUGGUCUACAACACUCUUGCCAAGAUAUCGGUACCCCAUCUUUGGAUGCUUUGAAGGAAGCUGUCAAUGCUGGUAAGGUUAGAUUCGAAUUCAGAACCGCUUCUGCUCAAAUGGAAGGUGGUAUCAACAACUUACACUCUUACGAGAAGCGUCUACACAACUAA